ACCGCGUCUUUUUUUUUUGAAGUUUUGAUUUUUGUUCUUUCAAUUAUUCAACAGGGUGGUGUAAAGAAUCAUCAUAAACAAACUUAUAAUCAAUCAAUCUACAUCCAUCACUUCUGAUUGUGAUCACUGCAUAUAUAUACAAAAUAGAUUGUGAUCAAUUGAUUUGACAAAAAGAUUGAAAUAUUCUAUCCAUCACAUUAUAGAACUGGAAGAAGCAGAAUAAUAGCCCACCACGAUCGCAAGCAUAAUAUUCGAUUUUAUCCAUCAUCAACCCCUUUAUCAUACGUGUAAUAUAAUUAAUUCAUCAUGGCUUACUAUCAACAACAGUAUAACAAUGCCCAAAACAUGCAAUUCUAUCAAUCGGAUUAUUCCAACUCAUAUCAACAACCAAAUACAGCCGGAGGCAAUCUAGGAUCUAUGGAUAAUAGUUUUGGAGGUAAUAUAGAUGUCAGUGGAGUUAUGGGAAAUGGAGAAUUAACUCCUGGUAUACUUGCUGCAUUCGGUACAUCUGGUUAUCCUGGUGAACCUCCAUUACUUGAAGAAUUAGGGAUAAAUUUCCAACAUAUUAAAUCUAAAACUUUAGCUGUAUUAAAUCCUGUAAAUCAAAAUAUUGGUGCUGAUAUAAUGGCUGAUUCAGAUUUAGCAGGUCCAAUACUUUUUGUAUUAUUAAUUGGUACUUUAUUAUUAUUAUCAGGUAAAGUUCAAUUUGGUUAUAUAUAUGGUGUGGGACUUUUUGGUACUGUUAGUUUGCAUUAUUUAUUUAAAUUCAUGGGUAAUGAUAAUCAAAUUGAUUUAGCUAGAUCUGCUUCUGUCAUUGGUUAUUGUUUAUUACCAUUAGUAUUAUUAAAUGUGAUAGGUGUGGUGCUGUCAUUAGAUAAUCUUUUUGGUUAUUUAUUAAGUACAUUUGCGGUAGUAUGGUGUACUUAUUCAGCAUCAGGAUUUUUCGUGGCAGUUUUGAAAUUACAUAAUGCAAGACCAUUAGUAGCAUAUCCUCUUUUUAUGUUCUAUUCAGUAUUUGCAUUGAUGACAAUCUUUGUUGAAAAAUCUGAUUUAUAAACAAGAUAAUGUCUCUUCUCUAGUGUUUUUGAAUAAGUACAAGAGAUAUCAUAAUAUAUAUAUAUAUAUUUAAAUCUGAGUAAGAAUCCCAUUAGAUCUAUUAUUCUACUCUGCAUGUGUAACAAGAACUCAAUUCAUGUGUACACCUUAAUAUAUAACAAUCACUGUUAGUGAAGUAAUUUUUGUAAAAAGCUCUCGCGCAAUAUGGUUUGAUUUUU